AUGUGGAAAAUGUUUACGUUUAAUGGAAAUUACAAGUGGAUCGACGCGUUAUCCCAGCUCGUUGGCAAGUACAAUGCGCAAAAACAUCACACUAUUGUUAUGAGGUAUAUCAAUGUAACUCCCGCGAUCGCCGAUAAACUUUUAAAUACGGUAUAUAGCAACGUAAAGAUUGCGGCUCCGACAAGAUUUAAAGUAGAUUCAGUACGCGUGAGUAAAUUCAAGACUAUCUUUGACAAAGGUUACACGCCAAAUUGUUCCACCAAAGUGUUUAAGAUUGUCAUAGUACAGAAAACUAAUCCCGCGACCUAUAUUUUCAAAGAUUCGCGCGGAAAUCUCGUCGCCGGAGGAUUUUACGAAUACGAGUUACAUAGCGUUGCUAAUCCCGACGUACAUCUCGUGUAA